AGUGUGACACAUACACACACCCUUGUCUUCCUCUUUAUUAUGACUUCCCAAAAUAGAAAACAGAAACCAAACACUGAGAUCUCUCUCAAGCGUUCUCUUUCAUAGUUUCAUAUAGCUAUUGCUAUUUUUUAGAAUCUUUUGUUUUCACUCCAAAUCUGAGUUCGAUCUGUUCUUUAACUUCCUUACUUAUAUUAGAUUUCAUCCUGACCCAGCAGUUAAUCUUUGAAUCAGUGUGUCGAUAUCUGACAAACCUGAUGAAGAAUCUUGAUUAAGUGGUUCUUUGGAUGGUGAUUUUGGUGCUUCAUGUCUAAACAAGUACCAUUGUUUUUUUAUCAGUUUUAGUUCAUAACUGAGCAGUGAAAAGUGUAUUUGGAGUUCUAUUACUUUGAACUGAUAAAUGUCGAGAGGCAGAUCUGAUGGAUCGCAAAAGAAGCGCUUAGUUGCUUCCCUUUGUGCCGUGGCAAUUUUUAUUGGUUUUCUAUAUGUAUACCAAGGAUCCAUCUUUGGUUCUCAAAACAGUGGUUCACCUGCACUUGAAUAUGGAAGCAAAUCAUUGAAAAGACUUGGGGCAUCAUAUUUGGGUGCAGAUGAGGAUGCUGCAGAUGGAAAGCAAGAUGAAUCUUCAUCAAGUUUUGCACAGGGAGAUGGGGAGGGUGAUAUUGUACCGAAGAGUUACCCCGUUUGUGAUGAUCGUCAUUCAGAGUUGAUUCCCUGCUUAGACAGACAUUUUAUCUAUCAAAUGAGACUGAAGCUGGAUCUUUCUUUGAUGGAACACUAUGAGAGACAUUGCCCUCCUGCCGAAAGGCGGUUCAAUUGCUUGAUUCCUCCCCCGCCAGGAUACAAGGUCCCUAUUAAGUGGCCUCAGAGCAGAGAUGAGGUGUGGAAAGCUAAUAUACCACAUACUCACCUUGCAACUGAGAAGUCUGACCAGAACUGGAUGAUUGUAAAAGGUGAAAAGAUAUUCUUCCCUGGAGGGGGUACUCAUUUCCACUAUGGAGCUGAUAAGUACAUUGCAUCAAUUGCAAAGAUGCUCAACUUCUCCAAAAAUAAUCUUAACAAUGAAGGAAGACUGCGGACAGUGCUUGAUGUUGGCUGUGGAGUUGCUAGUUUUGGAGCUUAUCUUCUUUCAUCUAAUAUCAUUGCAAUGUCUUUGGCACCCAACGAUGUGCAUCAGAAUCAGAUUCAAUUUGCUCUAGAAAGAGGAAUUCCUGCAUAUCUUGGUGUCUUGGGAACUAAGAGACUUCCUUACCCAAGCAGAUCUUUUGAACUUGCACACUGUUCUCGCUGCCGGAUUGAUUGGAUUCAAAGAGAUGGAAUACUUCUCCUUGAGCUAGACCGGUUGCUUCGGCCGGGAGGUUAUUUUGCAUACUCGUCUCCAGAAGCAUAUGCUCAGGAUGAAGAGGAUCUAAGGAUAUGGAGAGAAAUGAGUGCCCUUGUGGGACGUAUGUGUUGGAGAAUUGCUUCAAAGAGGGACCAAACUGUCAUCUGGCAGAAGCCUCUGACAAAUGAUUGCUACAUGGAAAGAGAACCCGGUACUCGCCCUCCUCUAUGCCAGUCUGAUGAUGAUCCAGAUGCUGUUUGGGGAGUGAACAUGGAAACUUGCAUCACUCCUUACUCUGAACAUGACCACAGAGCCAAGGGUAGUGAGUUAGCUCCAUGGCCUGCAAGAUUGACCAGUCCUCCUCCUAGAUUAGCUGACCUCGGCUAUUCAAAUGAAAUGUUUGAAAAGGACACGGAGUUAUGGCAAGGAAGAGUUGAUAAUUACUUCAAUCUCUUGAGUCCAAAAAUGUCGUCAAACACGCUGCGGAAUGUGAUGGAUAUGAAAGCACACAUGGGUUCAUUUGCAGCUGCUCUUAAAGACAAGGAUGUUUGGGUGAUGAAUGUUGUACCUCAUGAUGGACCAAGCACACUUAAACUGAUAUAUGACCGAGGCCUCAUAGGGAGCACCCAUGACUGGUGUGAAGCAUAUUCAACAUACCCCAGGACUUAUGAUUUGCUCCAUGCAUGGACUGUUUUCUCUGACUUGGAAAAGAAAGAGUGCAGCGCAGAGGAUCUAUUGCUUGAGAUGGACCGCAUGCUCAGGCCUACUGGUUUCAUAAUCAUCAGGGACAAACAACAUGUGAUUGAUUUUGUGAAGAAGUACCUCACAGCAAUGCACUGGGAAGCAGUUGCAACUGCAGAUUCCAGUUCUGACUCUGAACAGGAUAGCAAUGAAGUUGUUCUUGUUGUCCAGAAGAAAUUGUGGCUCACCACUGAAAGCUUUAGGGAUACAGAAUAGGACAACCACAAACACAUGCCCUCAGUGUUGGAAGCAGCCAGCAACUACCAUUUUGUAGCAUUACAUAAUUACAUAAUGUUCACAUUGCCCAUAUCCUUCUAUUGAUUUUCAUUUCAAUUUGCAUAUUUUUUUGUGAUAAUGAUGCAAGUUAUUAAGCCAAAUAGGCCUUAUGUCUCUAUUGGUUAUUCAUUAUUUUGCCCUUCAUUUUGGGUAUUAAUGUAAGUUACUUAAUAAGCAACAUAUAGUAUCUUGUGGUGACGGGUUAGGACUUGUCAUUAAUAUAGCAUACUUAUACAA